AUGUCAAGCACAGUUCCACCACUAAAUUUCAUCAUUUUCAUAGAUUUUGUUAUUAUCGUUUGUUGUGAUUACUUUCCUCUGAAAAAUACUGAAAGCGGUGAAUUUGGUCUCAAAGAUCAAUAUGGUAUACCAUGCCUGUUACUGAAAUUCUCGGCGCAAUUAUACAACUUUAAUUUAAAUGGUACACAUAUUACAACUGAGAUACCCGAAUUAACAUCACGAAAAGUGAAGUUAAGUGGAUAUUGUGCCGGUGGUGAUGCAAACAGUAGUAAAGCGGAAUUUAAAGCAAGCUGGAAAAGACAGGGACGCAAGAAGCAACUUACCAUGUCGUUUGGAACGGCUUAUGUGAAAGAUCCAGUAAAUCAGUUAGAAGUACUUCGAUGGCAACUGAAAAUGGUUUCUUACUCUGAAACUUAUUCUAAGCAAUCGAUCAAAUUUUCAUCGAAGGAGGUGAUGAUAAGUGCUCCGCUGAAGCAGAAAUUUAUAUGUCGCGAUAAACUUAAUUUAACACUAACUAAUAAGCACUUCAAGGAUUAUAUUCUCGAGUUAAAUCCAGAAAUUAACGCACAACCAUAUUAUGUCAUCGGCAAACAUCCAAAUUUAUUUAUUUGUGGCAAUACACGACGACGAACGCUAGCGAAAAGUUUCGAAAGUCGGAUGACAAUUUUUUCCGGGAUAGUUCUUUGCAUAAUAUCUGUAUCGCUAAUGGUUGGAUAUACUUUCCGCAGACAAUCACAUCCCAUUAGAAAGAAACUUUAUGGAUCACUCACUUAG